AUGGAAGACCUAGAAGUCCAGGUGCCACAGUCAAUUGCGGAAGCUGAAGACCUCGUCAAGCGCUUGUACCAGCCCGGGCCCCCGUCGCUCACGCAUAGGCUCCAAGAAGAGCUCCAGAAGCUGCAGCAAUCCACUGAGGGAUGGCGGCUUGCAGAUAUCUUACUCGGCAGCGAUGACAACAACGUCCGAUUUUUCGGAGCCCUCACGUUCUACGUUAAGGUAAAUUCAGCCUGGGAGUCGCUGACCGAAGACGACGCCAGCUUUCUGUUGGAUCGCUUAAUUACCUGGUUCAUCACAUCGGUUUCUCGCGACGACCCCGGAUCUGUGGUUCGAAAACUGUGCUCCACUCUAGCACUUCUCUUUCUGCGUUGUGCGGACGCUUGGACAGACUACUGCCUUUCCCAUCUGAUCGGAUGUUUACAUGGGGAAAAGAUAGUCUCCACUGACUCACUCCCACACUCUCCAUCCGCCUCCGAUACUCUGCCACGGCUUAGUCACCAACAACUUCUGGCCGCUCUGUACUUCGCAACGAGUCUCGCGGAGGAGAGGCAGAAACUUCCGCGCAAUCCACAGAAUGACUUCCAACGCUCGCUGGCCGUGGCUCUGUUGCUGACUCCCCUGAAGAUGGUGAUUCACAAGCGAAAGUUCGAGCAGAAAGUUUCGUUUGUUUCAAGGUACGUGAAAAGUCUGCUACAGCUCCGUUAUUUGCUGAUCAGACAGGCUUGGGCUUAUUACGCUCAAAUACGGUACAAUGAUGCUACAUGUAUCGGUGACAUAACCCAAGUAACCCGAGCACUGCUUGAGUGCGUCGCCUGCAACGACACCGCCGGUGAAACCUUGGCCGAACUGCUACAUCAUUGCAUCACGGUCUUUGGCCCACCUGAACUCCACGCCAUCUCGGCCCUCAUAAGAGGCAUAUGGGGCCAACAACGCUUGAAUGACUGCGAAAGCCUGUUCCUCGAUAGAAAGGGCAUAAUCUUCUGCGACGUACUUCAAGGCUACGCCGCCGCACACCAAUUGCAUCUGGUCCAAACCUUGGGCAGCGACACUACGGAUGAAAUAAUGCGAAUGGUUCAUUUCGUCAUACGACGACUGGAUCACUACGAGACCGCAACAGAGACUUACGAUUAUGCGCUCGACUACUGGAACAACUUUGCCGAUCAUGCGGAGCAUUGCACUUUUGAUACAUCUGGUAAUCAUCCAUGGCUGCCAGCGGCACGGAAUCACCUGUUGCAAGCAGCAGGAGAGUGGAUGCCAAAAAUCCGCUAUCCGCCGCAAGAUGAAUUCGACGAAUGGGACGCGGAAACACGGACGUCGUUUGAUGGGCUUCGCAAUGAUUUCGGAGUCUUCCUCCAGAAGCUUCCAGCCACCGUGGGACCGAGGCUUCUACAGGAGAUCGUCGGUCUUACGCUCGCUUCACUACAAGACAGGGCCUGGCUGGACAUCGAAGCGAACCUAUUCUGUCUUGGUACCCUAAGCGCUACUCUUACAGGAGAUUACAUAGGAGAUGUCACUCUUACUCAACUGUUCUCGUCUGAGUUGUUUACGGCGGUGUACACUGCGGGAGUACCACGGAUGACGCGCUUGGCUGCCAUCGAUACGAUCGCAAGGUUUUCCGGGAGCUUCUUAUCCAGGCAUCCUCACCUUUUGCAAGCUGCCGUGAAUUACCUAAGCCCUGGUCUGUCCUACACUGCACUCGUCGAUGAAGCUGCGAGUGCUAUGCACACCCUGUGUAUCUCCUGUCGGGAACCUCUCGUCCUCGCUUUCGAUUAUCUUGUUGAGGUAUGUGCGCGGUUUUCACGCGGGCCAACAGCCACGGAGAGGUCGAAAGCACUGCUCUUAGGCGCCGCUGCCGCUAUCACGCAGGCGCUGCCGACUGACGCGUCGAAGGAUGAAGCGAUCUCGCGGUUGGUUACGUUGAUUGAGAUAGACGUCGCAAAAGCACGCGAGAUGAGCGCAGCAGGCAACCUUAAAGAAUGCCAUAUAGCGAGCACCUCCGUAUUGCAAGGUCUGUAUAGCAUGGCCAGCGCCAGCCGAGCUCCUGAGGAUGCCAUCAUCGGCUUGGUGGAGGACAAGAGCUACUCGAACUACUGGCAUAACGGAGGUGGGAUCGCGCUACAGCGCCGGAUCGGAGAUUGCCUCAAUGUCAUCAUGAGCCUUCUCCCAGAACAAAGCGGCAUCGCUGAAGAAGUGUUCUCUGUCUUGCGCUGCGGGUUUGCUGAGAGAGUUCCGGGACCAUUUGUCCUCCCUUCCGCCUUUACUGUCCAGACAUUCCUGCGGAUUCCGCUCACUCACCCAAGUCUUGCGCAAAUCCUCGCUGUCGUCGGCGAAUUCGUCAGCGCACGAGCGAAGGACUACAACCCGUUCCCCUCCUUCGCGGAGGAGGGUCAUAAGAUCAUCCUGCGAAUUGUAGAGAUCUUCCGACGCCUCGAGGUGCCAGGUUCAGAUCCCGAAGUCGCUCAAAACAGCAUUGAUGUGCUUGACCACCUCGCGGAAUACGAUGCUCGUUUUCUGACCGAGGAAGACCACGAAGAUAUCUGGUUCGUAGUCGACUUCACUAUUGCAGCAAUACGAGGCCCGGCUGUACCGCCGAAGCGGAGCGCCGCCAAGCUCUGGACGACCCUCAUCGGCUUCACACCGCCGCCGCUGCACGCUGAGUCGAUCCAGCGACGGAAGAUCUUUCUUGACAAUGUCGGUGAGGCUCUGUGCGCCGCGCUGGUGUACAACUACGCCGGCAACGCAGCUCGCGACGACCUAGACUGGCUGUCGGAGCCGCUCAAGAAGCUGGUCGGUACGCACCCGAAGACCAACGAGUGGCUCUCCAAGGCGUUGAGGGCUCCUGACUUUCCAGUUCCAGCUGUGGACGAUGUUGCAAAGGAUGGGUUCGUCCAACAUGCGCACAUCAUGAGCAACACAAAGCAGGUCGUUUACCUCUUCUGGAGCAAAUGUAAGGACAAGCAGAUGGUUCAGGUGCCGCAUUGA